GGAAAUUCAAAAUUUAAUUUUUAACUUUAUUUUAUAUAUUUAUUAUUUAGAACGUCAGUAUAGUAUAUAUACCUUUUUCCUUCUCUCUCGCUGCAUCUUUUUUUGUUCUUUCUAUAAUCACUCAUCCAUGUCAUCAUACAACAAAUUUCACUCUGGCGAAGCGUAUAUCUUAUUAUUCAAUAUGUAAGCAGCAACGGCUGAUGGGAGGAGAUACCUGAUUGACAUUCCUCUUCUGACGAAAAGUCUGACUUUUGUUGAUGAUAUAUCAUUGUAUAUCAGCUGCUUGACGACAAUAACAUUCCUUCGAUGCUUGUACAGUAGAUCGUGUGACAAUAAGAAUGCCCACACAUCAGAUCCUGUUCUUUCGACAAUGAGACAUCCAAAUUUACCCAAAAUAUGGUUCAAAUCGUCCUCUGACCAGACUCCUGGUUCACCGAAAGAUUCUAUAAGAUCACCACCUGCUAAUAACAUGAUUUGAACCUUUCUUCUGCUGCCAUCGCGUAGUUUAACUCCGUAUUCUUCACAUUCGUUGAUUUCUUGAUCAAAGUGAUCCAAAACAUGAGCCGUUCUUGUGAACUCCUUUUUGUUGGCUUCCCAAGGGUCAACCAUAAGCCAGUCUGAUGUGCAUUCUACACCCAAAUGGCACAUCAUAACUCUAUGCUUGGCACCAGCCAAACCAGAUUUCUUGUAAGCAUCCGAGACAGGUGAAUAGUAUCCGCCUAGUAUUUCAUACUUUCCUUUUUCAUUUAUUUGAUCACUUGCCAUUUCAAACAUACGCAAAUGCAAGUAAGUUGGCGGUGAAAAUGAACCGCACGCUACGAUAACGAGUGGAAUCUUCUCCUCAUCUGGUUUUGAAUGUCAAUAUGAGUACUCUCUAAUAAAUACACAAACAGACCUUCCAUCAUUCCCUUCAGCUUAUGCUUCGGGAAGAUAUAACCGUCUUCUCCAAAUAAAUCGGCCUCGUCUAAGUCGGGCGGACUGAAAUCCUUUGUCUGACUGAAGGGAUUUGGAGUGACUGGGGCCUUGUCGUGUCUUUCAUUUAUCGCUUCAGGUGCGGUCAUCGGUUCCUUAGGGACCCGGUCUCUAGCAAUACCAACCUGCGAGCUUUCGCGCUGUACAGAAGGUCUAACAGCCCGGCUUGCUAUAGCGUUUGCUGCUGAACUCGGGAGAUCAGAGAGCAUUGGGUGAGGGGAUGGUUGUGCACUACCAUCUGGUCUGGGUGAAUACAUAGGUGAGAAGGCGGCUUUACCCCUUAACUGGUUCUUUGGUUCAGAUUGCGCACUAGUCGAGCUGUUAGGGGAUGAUCUAUUUGAGUCUGAAACGUGUAAUAGUUCUAAUGGCGGUAUUUCCUCAUCGUUUGCUUGUCCGGUGAAUGGGGGUGAAUCUUGGUGGUAAGAUUGCACGCUAAGGGAUGACAUUGGACCACCGCGGUUAUUCUCUGGUGCUUUGCUGUUGAAUGGAUUUUUUGCCAUUUUUCUAUCCUCAACGUCGUUGUUCAAGGUGUACCUCUGUUGUCAUCGUUAGUCAAUCGAAUUAGUAAGAAAAUCCGAAAUGUCGGGUAGAUACACUUACUUUGAUAGCGAUGAUUAUCGCCUUCCUGAAGGUAUGAAACGCGUUGGGUAUGAUAGCGAUACACAGCAGUACACUUUCAGGGAUAAUGAGGGGUACUACAUUGGUCAACCAGGUGCGGAAUAUGGAGGUAGAUUAACCUACACAGGUCCACUCACUGGUAACGAGCGUGACGACGACAGUGAAUUCAUAGCACCACCAAUAAAUGCUCCAAAUUCACCUUACCGCCCAUUACUUCCAUUUUUUGUCAUUGUUGCUGUUAUAUUGCUCCUUUUAGUCAAGUUUAUCUACUCUGGUAAUACGUCUAUAUGUCCAGAUGAUCUCAUAGAGUACAAGAUUAGCAGAGGUGAUACAUGUUGGGAUAUUUCUCAGACCCAUUCAGUAGCCUUGGAUUGGUUACAGGAGAAGUACAACUGCGACAAACUCAUUCCUGGCACUCGUAUGUGUCUACCAAGACAUAACUGAAUGGUAAUAUAGUAUUGCAGAUUCUACUUAUGACGAUUGCUGCAUUUUUAUAAUCACAGAGGAAUCUCUAUCACUCUUAUUCUUAUUUUAGACACGAUGCAUACCAAUGUAUAACAUAUAGGCU